GUCAUAGAUUUUCCUGCAAGCCUAAGUGCCCAGCUGGCCAAUUGUAGUUUGUUGCCCUACAAAGCACUUCAAAGCAUCCCAAAGCCUGCAGCUGUGUCGGAGGAUGUGGGCGGCGUAUGCUGUGCUCCAUUCCCUAUUGUCAGAUGCUGCUGGCUUCACAGUUCUCGAGGCACCUUGACGAAGCUUGAGUUGGAAACGAGUGACAGAGUAUAGGACUAUUGAUUAGAUGCUCUUAAAAGUGGUUGUCAUCGCGACUGAUCUGAGUACGCUCCACAUUAACUCAUCUUCCUCUCAUUUCUUCUUUCCUCCGUUCCGUCUGCAGUCCUCCGGAUUUUUGAAGCGGAUUAUUUUGCUGCACAGCAGCUUCAGUAUACAACAUUCUCUUCCUAGCAUGUUAACUUACCAUCUUUAUUAACAGACCCCAGUGAUGAUGUUGCACUGUUCCUCUGGCUUUUUGUGGCCGGAGUCGAGUUGAGUGUUCAGGUAGUUAGCAACUGCGUACAAGUUUUGGAAAAUCCUCAUCAUAUCCUUCUAACAAGUCAAAACAGGAAAUGUGCUUGUGAAGGGGUAGAACGACGUAGGCUUAAACAUUUGGGUACCCAGUUGCAAAGUAGGAUUGUUAUUUUCAUUUUUAAAGCAGAAAGGCAAAUGUACUCACACUCUAUAUCCCUACGAGCGAAACUUUGAAUAGCAAAAGAAAAUGGGGACAACGAAUGUCCAGCAAUCGUAUCCAAACUUACACGAGGAUUGUAAGGAUCUCCGUAACGCCCUCCGAGGAAUCUCGAGCAACGAGAAGAAAGUGAUCGAAAUUUUGGGCCAAAGAAAUCAAUCUCAACGAGACAGUCUCUCCGAAGCUUACAAGCUUGUGUUUGGCGAGGAUUUGCGCAAGCGCCUCAAGUCCUCGAUCAGUGGCAAGCUUGAGAAAUGUCUGACGCUGUGGAUGAUGGACCCAUUUGACCGAGACGCAGUGCUUCUGAACGAGGCUUUGAGGGAGGGAGGCCCAAAGAAAGACCGUGUGAUUAUUGGAAUGCUAUGCACACGAACUUCUAAGCAAAUCUACCUGAUCAAGCAAGCCUACUAUACUAUGUUCAAUCAGACACUGGAGAGUCACAUCGACGGCUCUGGGUUCGCCAUCCUGGAGCCCCAAACUAAGAGCAAAUGGGCAUUUUGGAAGGGCUCUGAAGCGAAGAGUAAGGAGCCACCGAAGAGGGUACUUGCUAUCACUAAGCUUCUUUUAGCCCUUGCUCGAGGAAGCCGACCUGAAAAUACCGCAGUUGAUCGUCAUUUUGCAUUAUCUGAUGCACACCACCUGAACAAAGUCUGCACUGGAAAAAUUGGCAAUGAGGAGAUGCUGAUAAGAAUCUUCACUACCCGUAGCUCAUACCAGCUUUCGGCCACCAUGAACUAUUACCAACAGCACUACGGCCACGACUUUGAAAAGGUUUUGAGUAAGCAAGGUUCCGGGGAAUUUUUACAAGCUCUACGAGCUGCGCUUCAGAGCCUCCGUCAGCCUUCCAAAUUCUAUGCUGAGGAACUCUCGGAUGCAUUAUCAGGAAUUGGGACAGACGAGGAGACUCUUGUUCUGAUAAUCACUACACGAGCUGAAGUGGACAUGCAAUUUAUCAAGUUGGAGUUUAUGAAUGAGUGCAAGAGAUCAUUGGAAGACGUGGUGAGGGAUGAAACUAUUGGAAAAUUACGCCAGUUACUUCUCACCAUUCUUGGCCAGGGGGACAUGCUUUUCAGUCCUAGACCUUCAAAUUGCUCAAUGGCACCCUCAGCAACCUCUUACUACACGAGCCCAUAUGGGUCAAGACAGCCUUCCGAUGGCUCUGCUUCUUACUUCAGCGGAAGUGUAGGAUCCAGCGCUCCGAAUUCAUUUCAGUCCUAAAAUAAGUGUUUGAAAAUACCUAUCAGGACUGAGCUUAAAUUGUUGCUAUACUUUGCGAUUAUUUUGGAUUCCAGAAAGCAGAUGUAUAGCAACUGUUCAAGCUUCGUUCAAGUCUUCAGCUUCAGUUGUACCCACCAGAAUGAUAUCCACCGGGUUUCCUCUACUUUCAUGUCACUAGAUUGUACAGCAGCAAGUUCAAGAAACUGAAAGCGAUCUUACUUUAGUGGGAGUUGAUAUUAUGCGUCUUAAAAGAAGCAAUGUUGAAGACCAUGUAGCAAUGUGAGGUUCUACUGUGAGGGACUUCACAAUGGUUGCAAACCCUGCAACUGGAAUGUAAUUUAUGACCUUUACCGAGGAUAUGUUACCAAUA